AUGUUGGCUGAGCCCCAGCCGGCCCAGCGAGGUCCCUGCACAGAUGCCCACACAGAGAACGAUGCCAGGCUGGCACGAAAUAUCAAAUAUUUUCCAUAUUGGCAAAAAACAGAAAGGUGCAUUUCAGAGCUAGAUAUUUCAAUGACAGUUACCAAAUCGAGAUACUCAUGCAUCUUCUCCCUUUCUUCUGUGGCAGAGCUGAUCAUGUGUUUCAAGGGAUUUGGCCUUGGGCUCUUCGUAGUCCUGGCUGCUGUCCUGAUAUUGGGCACCUUUGCUGCUACCUAUCAAGAGUUCCUGGAGCACCACUACGAUAACCCCAGGAGCAAUGUGCGCGGAAAUUACUGUAAUGGAAUGAUGCGAAGACGUGGAAUUACCAGGCCCCGAUGCAGGCCAUUCAAUACUUUCAUCCACGACACAAAGAAGAAAAUUGCUGCUGUGUGUGGAAAUGAAGGAACAUUUAUUCCACCUGUUCAGCCUAACAAUCGUGGUCUGUGGCGUAGCCAUCAGCAUUUUCGUGUCACUACUUGCAAAUUAAGAGGAUCCCGUGUUAACCCUCCUUGUGAAUACAGGAUUAACACUUCGUCCAGGAAUAUUGUGCUUGGUUGUGAGGGGGGACAGCCUGUGCACUACGAGGAAGAUGAGAUCAUUGUUUGA